AUGGGUACACAGGAAGAGGAGCCCAGAAGACUGGAUGGCUUAAAGUCCUGCUGUGUCAGAAUUAUAAGUAACAAGAAUGUGGUAACCAGAGAGCACUUGGACCGUAUGAAGAAUAGCUGCAUCGUUUGUAACAUGGGACAUUCCAACACAGAGAUUGAUGUGGCGAGUCUGCGGACACCAGAGCUGACCUGGGAGCGAGUGAGAUCUCAAGUUGACCAUGUGAUAUGGCCUGAUGGCAAGAGGAUAGUACUGCUGGCAGAGGGCCGCCUGCUGAACCUAAGCUGCUCCACAGUGCCUACAUUUGUGCUCUCAAUCACUGCUACUACUCAGGCUCUUGCCUUGAUAGAGCUUUACAAUGCUCCUGAGGGUCGCUAUAAGCAGGAUGUCUACCUGUUGCCCAAGAAAAUGGAUGAGUAUGUGGCCAGCCUACACCUGCCUACCUUUGAUGCCCACUUGACAGAGCUGACAGAUGAACAGGCCAAGUAUCUGGGACUCAACAAGAAUGGGCCCUUCAAGCCUAAUUACUACAGGUAUUAAGUUCCUGUAACUCAAACCAGAAGUUUUAAGGAAUAGAACUCCAAGCCUUUUCCCCACUACUAUACAAGAAAGAAUUCAGCAAGCUGCUUCUCCAAUCAAAGCUGCCUGCCGUGCUCACCCUGUGUGUUAGGUUAUUUAUUUAUUAAAAUCAAGAAUCCUGUGCCUGUAGCAUUGGCCCAGAGUGUGGUUACUGCCCUGAGGGCCAUGAGAGCCACAGAGGACAGGCUGAGGAAGGAAAGAAAUGGGGUCACUGCUCCCAGUGCAUCAUUUGCAUCAUUCCCCAUUGACUGAAUCCUCAGCAGUGGCCAUUUUUCCUCUUGUCCAGGCUCACGAGUUAGUCCAGAGAUUCCAUACUCCCCGUUCCCUAGAGUUUUCUGGAAUAAAUUUUCAGCACCUGCUUUUCUCAGCUUUGGCCCUUCCCCAGGUGAGGCCGUUGGGAAUUAACAUGGCCAGUGUUUCAGGCAAGAUUGGAUUCCCAGUCUUGACCAUCACUAUCACUGCCUUCUUUAUAUAAAGGCUAAUAAGGAAGGAGUGUUAUUUAUGGCUUUGCCAAGCUACAUCAAGAACUCAGCUGUGCUGUGCCUACCAGGGGUCUCCUUUCUUACCCAGGACUCCUUUCUUCUCCUUGAAUAUUUAUGUCCAUUUUAACACUUGCUGGUUGCAAGAGGGAUGUGCCUCCAUUAUUUCCUCCACAGUUUUGGUAUUUGUUAGACAUUUGUUUUAUUGUCUUUCUAAUCCAGCCAACCUCUGCUCAGGAAGUGGGGCCAGCUCCACUGGGACCCAUAGUUUUACUUCCUUGUCAUUUAAUUGGAUAUUUUCCAAGGAAGCCCCUCCAGAUUGAUACUAUCUCAGAAAAGGAGAGCUUGUUGUGAAGCACUGCUUCCUGAAACUUCCUGCUAUUGCCUAAAGCUACAUCUGAAACUGAGUAGGGAAAGGCAUACUUUUCCAGGGACUUGGGGGUAUAGGCCUUGGAAAUGGGACUGGUCUUUCAGAUUCAGAGCUUGAUACCCUAACGAAGCAGAGUAUAUUUAUUUGUUUCCCAGGGAGGUCAUUGCAGCUUGACUGGCUGAGGGAUACGGAGAUGAAAUUGUAAACUGUACCCAGAUUAUCACAACUAAUUUGACUAGUUUGAACCUCGUAAGACAUUCAUUCCUUUGACAAUUGCCAUGGAUGAAACUGAGAUCUGCAAUCUGAUCUGUGGUCUUCUGUGCUGGCAUAUCUUUUAUAACUCUUCCAUUUGAGGAUUCUGUAUUUCAGAGGCAGUUUCUUGAGUAACUCCAGUGCUACAAAAAGAAUUAGUAAUGUGUUGUGGGCAGCGUGACAUUUUAUGUCCCACCCAAAAAAUUGGAUUCCUUUUGGAGACUGAUCCGUUGGUCUCAAGGGUUUCAUUGGGACCAGAUUGGUUCUAAGAGUUAGUCUGGAGUGGCCCUAGGAAACUUGAAUUAAAUAAGCCUCUUCCCCUUAUCGAUCCUAUUUAACACUCUCAGGUUUGUUUGUUUCCCACUUUUUUCCUACGCUGAUCUGCCUCAAAGUUUCAAGACCAAGGUGGCUCAAGGAAACACCAGACCACCCAUGACCACUAUAACCUUCCCAUCCUGAUUCUCUUCUACCUCCACCCUCACUGACUUCUCUUGGUCUUCACAUACACUCUCAGAGCUAGUCUGAAAGUGACCUUACUUUUGGAAGUAGGAAGUGGAACUUUGGUAAAUGACUAUUUGCCUCAUUAAAUAGUAUACAGGUUCAGCCCAUAGACUACAGUUCUUCACAGGCCAUAUGUCUCAGCAAGUACUGGUUAUAUUCUUUUUUAUAAGGAAGAUCAUAAAUGCUAAAAAUCCCACUAAGACAUUCAGUUCUUCCUUUUGCCUACCUAGUCCUGAUUUUUGUAUUAAUUGGGUCCCUUUAGCAAGAGAUUCAGAUCUUUGUACCUUAUCUUAUAUCCAGAACAGAUUCCAUUUGGCAGAUAUAUGGUCUCUAGCCUAUUGUAUUCUUAGACCAAAAAUCAUAACCUGCUGUUUCUCAGCAAAGCCUUGCUCUCUGGAGCUUACUAUGUGCUGGUACUUAAGGAGUGCAUUCUGCCUUGCUAUAGUGAAGAGACCCACUCCAAAUAAAAAAGGAGCCACACUGGGCUUCUGAGUUAGGUUGCCAGUGUUGCUGCCCAUGAUGAGUUAUUUGCCUCUGAGUUUCAGAUGACCUCUCUUCUUUGUAGGAACAUUGUGCUAUCAACAUUAAGAAGAAAGAACCACAAGCCUCCUAAGUAUUUGGGUUCUAUCUUAGGGUUGAAAUCGGUCAUUAUUCCCUCUACCCUUGGAAUCAGAGCAAUGUGUCUUCUUUCCUCCAACCUCUUACCUUAGAUGCAUCCUUGUUAUCUGGAAGCAUGGGAAAGAAGGCUAAUUAUCUCUUUGUAUGUGGCUCCAGUCUGUGAGGAUACAUACCAUUUUCUCUACAAUGAAUCUGUGCUAAUAUUUUGCCGCCUUCUUUUCUUUUGCCCCUUAGAGACAGGGUUUCACUAUGUUGCCCAGGCUAAUCUCAAAAUCCUGGGCUCAAGCAAUCCUCCUGCCUCAGCUUCCGGAGUAGCUGGAACCACAGGUUGUGCUACCGUGCCUGGCACUUUUUUGCCUUCUUAAUGGAGAUAUUCAGUUUUCUUUUUUUCAUUUAAACAAAGAAAAAAAUAUAUCUACUCUACCUUCCCUCUGCUCUCCUCCCUCCCUAUCCUACUUGCCCAUGUGAGCACGGCUCCCCAUGGCCACAUACUCUUGCAGAGCUUUUUUGCUGCUUCGCUUUUCUCUGAACAGAUCUGAUAUUGCUGCUCCUGUGGUUUUCUCAAAAUUAACUUUGCCAUGGUUUUAAAAAAAGGAAUCAAAAUGCAUUGUUGCAUUAAGCUUUUUCAAUAAAGGAAAAUUACGGAGGGAAAAUAGGCAACACCAGCAAAUUAUAUGUGGACAGGUUCUAAACUAUAUAUAUACACAUAUAUAUAUCUCUAUAUAUAUACGUAAUCAUCUAGUUCUGUCAUCUUACUGAAAGGAAUAAAACUUCUAAGGAUCAUCAUUUCUGAGAAGUUCUUGGAAAUCUUUAUGUCUAAGUGAUUGUAUUAGAUCAGCAAUAAUGACUAUGUAAUCUCAAAAAACAAAUAAAAUAUUCUUAACAUGGA